GACCGGAUGACCUUCUUUAGUGUUUAUGAUUAAUCUCACUCACGGUGACUGGAACCGCAGCAUCUUCAUAAGUAGGCACCACCCUGGGCUUGUUUAGCGCUCGCAUCACUCGUUACCCUAUUUUGAGUUUCUUCACCGCGUCUCAGUUAGCUAUCCCUGUUUAGAUUGCCGGCGAUGGCGAAAAACCAGAUCCCGACAUUUGCGGCGUGGGCUGUCGCGGCGGUGGCAGUGGCGUUCUUCCUCCCGGCGGCGGUGAGUGGGGCGCGCGACGUGAAGGCGGCGGCCAACCAGCGGUUCGUCGUCCAGGGCCGGGUCUUCUGCGACACCUGCCGCGCUGGCUUCGAGACACCCAAGACCACCUACAUCGCCGGUGCAAAGGUGAGAGUAGAAUGCCGAUCGAGAACCACCGGUGCAAAGACAUGCAGCUUCGACGGCACAACCGACGGCAGCGGCGCCUACAACAUCCUGGUUGCAGAUGAGCACGAACACGAGACAUGCGAGGCUAUGCUCGUCAGUAGCCCGGUGAAGGGCUGCGAUAAGAUGCUGGAGGGCCGGGAGAGGGCUCGUGUGUUCCUCACCCACAACAAUGGCAUUGCAUCAUCCAAGAGGUUCGCCAACUCCCUGGGCUUCCAAAAGGACAUCCCCUUGGCCGGCUGUGCUCAGCUGCUCGAGAUGUACCACCAAUAUGAAAAUGAAGUCUGAGGCUCAAAAGAAUAUCAAGACUCUGCUCCCGUUAUAUGUAGCCUAAUAGCCCAAGGUUCCUUUCUUUGCUGUUGUGAUUGCUCUGCCACCUUAUUUGGUUCUUUUAUUUGACAAUUGGUAAAUCUAUCUCGCCCGGCCUUGAUGCGUAAUAUUAGUUAUGGCAUUUGUCAAUGGUUGCUUGAAAGGUUAUGGCAUUCCAAGUGCAAUUGUGGGUUCUAUUCUUUUAUGUUUUA